ACCUCUUGUCGAUUGUCCCGCGACAGUCGACCGUACUACCUUCGCGGGCGAAGUACGCCGCAACACGGGCGAACAACUUCACAUUACGCGCGGAAAAAAUCGUAAACAAAAACUAACCAACUAAAUGGUUCAACUACCAAUAAAAAAUAUAGGUCAAAAAUAGAACAGCCUGUAUGGAGCGCGCGUUGUAGUUCGAAUUUUGAAUAGUGCGCGGUUUUUAAGUUUAGUUUUUUUUUUAAUUUUGCAGUGAAAAUGGGUUUGAAGCCGGAAGAUGAUAAAAGGCCGAGCAAGCUGGCGAUUAUGGAUGAUGUUUCGGAUACACCACGUGGUUUCGGCAAACGGCACUUCGUCACUUUCAUGUUGUUCCUCGGUAUGGCCAACGCCUACGUCAUGCGGACCAACAUGUCUGUGGCCAUCGUGGCCAUGGUCAAUCAUACGGCGCUGCCGACAACCCACGAGGCCACGGACGACGAGUGCGGCUUGGAUACUAGGAACAGCACUGUGACAAUGCAAGACGGAUCAUUUGUGUGGAGUUCCACUCUUCAGGGCUACAUCCUGUCAUCGUUCUUCUACGGUUACGUCAUAACACAGAUCCCGUUUGGAAUUUUAUCAAAGAGGUUCGGAGCGCGCUUCUUUCUCGGUUUUGGUAUGCUAAUCAACUCAGUCUUCGGCUUACUGGUGCCCAUAGCGGCUCAGAAAGGCUACGAGUGGCUCAUCUUGGUCCGCUUUAUCCAGGGUCUUGGUGAGGGUCCUAUAGUGCCGUGCUCUCACGCCAUGUUGGCCAAGUGGAUUCCACCCAACGAGAGGAGUAGAAUGGGAGCCGCUGUAUACGCUGGAGCACAAUUCGGCACGGUCAUCUCAAUGCCGCUAUCCGGUCUCCUGUCUGAAUACGGCUUCUCUGGCGGCUGGCCGUCCAUCUUCUACGUGUUCGGUCUCGUGGGCACGGUGUGGUCACUGUCCUUCUUGUUCCUGGUGUCCGAAGAUCCGGAGCACUGUCCGAAGAUUAAGGAAGCUGAGAAGAAGUAUAUUCUUAGUUCGCUGUGGGGCGCUGCUGGGUCUAGCUCACCACCGAUCCCGUGGAGCAAGAUCCUGCUGUCCAUGCCGUUCUGGGCGAUCAUGCUGGCGCACAUGGGGCAGAACUACGGUUACGAGACCCUGAUGACGGAGCUGCCCACCUUCAUGCGGCAAGUGCUGCACUUCUCCAUCAAGGAUAACGGCUUCGUAUCUGCCCUCCCGUACCUGUGUAUGUGGCUGUUCUCGAUGUUCAUCUCCGUGGUGGCCGACUGGAUGUUGUCCAGCGGACGCUUCAACCACACGCAAGUCAGGAAGAUCAUCAACAGUAUUGGUGAAUACGGCCCCGCCAUCGGUCUCUUCAUCGCCGCCAACACAGGCUGCGACAAAUCCGCCACCGUCGCCAUCCUGGCCAUCGGUGUCGGUCUCAACGGUGGUAUCUACUCUGGAUUCAAGGUGAACCACUUGGACAUCUCGCCGCGCUUCGCCGGCAUCCUGAUGGCGUUUACCAAUUGUCUCGCCAACUUGACGGGUCUAUUGGCGCCCAUUGUAGCUGGAUACAUCAUUGAGGGCAAUCCAUCGCAAGCUCAAUGGCGCAAAGUAUUCUACAUCGCCGGGGGUAUCUACAUAUUCGCGGCUACCUUCUACAACGUGUUCGGCUCCGGCCGAAGACAAGAGUGGGACAACCCUGCCGAGGACGCGGCCCUGGCCCAGAAGGCGGCCGACAAGAAACAAGCCAAGAUAGAUAAGAAAAUGGCGAAAGACAGUAGUGAAGCUGAGACGGCGCAGUGAGAGUUCAAAAUGGCGGAUUGCGUUAGUUGCCAGCUGAAAAAAACAAGUGGACAGUUUAAAACUGUUCGUAUUUGUACUUUCAAAUGUUAUAAUAAAUAAAAAGAAAGCAACUUUAUUGCAAUUCGGACCGUAAGUUUAGUGAAUGACAUUAAAUUUUAAAAAUUAGGUGUAGUAAGAUUUGAUUGUUUCCCGCGGAUUUUAGGGUUGUGUUCAAGUUCUACCCGAUAUGAGUUUUUUUUAAUUACUUUUUUUUACUAUCUGAAAGAAAUAUAAAUUUAUUUUACCAUCCUUGUAAACUAUUUUAUGCAUUUAAUCCGUUGCUAUAGUACGUUACAUUAAUUAAACCAUAGAAUUAAACUAAUUAAUCGUGUAACGAUAAACUGUAAAUAAAUAGGUAUGUAUUAUAAAGUACGUACACGUCUCUCAUUGUAUUUUUAAGAACAAAAUACUUAAAGAGAUGCACAUUAACUAGGCUGUGAUAUUAACUAACAGGAAUUUGAAUAUUUUGCAAUGUUUUCAAGCUCAAAAGCUAUGAACAUUGUUGUUUUUCAAAUAUCCCGAGAACUUAUAUCGGGUGAACGAAAAAAGGAAAACGCUAUUUAUUUAUUAUUACGUAACCUAGUAUUGUUAAUAGUUAUUAAAAGCUUGAAGGAUAUAAGAGACGAGUGAAAGGUGAAUAUGGGUCCAAUUUGCUGGUCUACAUGAGAUUUCAUUCAAAAUACAUGUAAGUACCUAUAUUAAAUGCAAAUAGUGACUUGAUUUUGUAUUUUUAAUGUAAUUGCUGUUAUAUUACUACAAGGCAUUGAAUCGGAUACGUAAAAUAAUGAUUUUAUGGCAUUUUACAUGACGUAUUGAUUUUCCGCAGUUCUGAAACUAAAUGUAUAACGUCGAGAAGAAACGCAGUUCCUAAUAUAAAUCAAAGUUAUUUGCAAUACGUACGAUUAUCAAUCAAUUGUAGUAAUAAUUAAGAUCAGUUGUACAAUAUAUUGAAUUCGUUACCGUCCGUUCCAGUGACGUAGUAAGUACCUAUAUGUAUAAUACCCUCGCAUUAAAAUUAAAGGCAAUUUCUCAAAAAGUUUUUACUAGGUACCUACCGCAGAAUAGUCCUAUUUCGCUACAGAGUUAUUAACUUAUUAUAUCAACGUAACCUAAACCUUUAAAAAACAAGUGAAAACAGCCGUUUCACUAGAUGGCGCCAUCUAGCAAUGAUCAGUGGAAACUGGAAUCUCUCAUGAAAUUUAAUAUUAAUACCUACCUAUAUCAUGGCGGCACGAUUUUUAGUUAGGCCAAGCUAAGUUUUUGGUAACGAUUUUGAUAGCCCAGACUGUGCAAGUGUUAUUUUAAACGUCAAACUUCUAUGAAAUUAUGACGUUUAAAUAACACUUGCACAGCCUGGGCUAUCAAAAUCGCUGCCAACUUAGCUUAGUCUUAACUCUUUUGCAUUCUGUUGCAACUCUGUGGGUAAUACUCUCUAGUAAAAUUGAAUACUUAUUGAGAAAUGAUUAUUAUUUAUACAUACCAUGAUUGUAAAAUGUGUAAAGGUGCCAUUACUUGUUUUAUCAUAUCGGAUUUUGAAUUCACAUCAUAUAAUAUAAUCACCGUAACAUUUGUUUAUCGUUUGGCAAAAUGGGCAUACAUUUUUAAUUACUAAUUCGUGUGCCAAACGUGUUGAAAGUGUAUUUUUUAAUUUCACUGUUCGUUGGAGGCGAAUGUUGUUGCAUUAGAUAAGUCGUUAUGUUUAUCAAUAAGUAAAUGUCAUAUAUUAC